UUCUUAUCAAACGAAUGUGUGGCACGUCCGUAAAGGAGAAGCUGAAGAAGGCCAAGAGUCACCUUCCUAUCCUCGAACCUUCAUCACAGACUAGACCCGAUCAAGGACUGCAGAUUCAUUGAUUGAUAGGACAACAUUUGACUGAUUUUAGCGGAUUUAGGCUUGUAAGUUUGUUGUACGCUGGACUCAAUUUGUGGCGCCGGGGCCAGAGUGACUGGAUCUUGGUUGGCUGGAACUCGUGAGGUGUUUUGACAAGCCCCGGGAAGAACAAUAACUCAGGUUGAGUGCACCAUUGAGAAAAUUGGCCCGGUUUCAUUCAGACAAGACAGCAAUCACUGGGUUACUAGUCACGUUUAAAAAAGAAAAACAGACUUCCAUUUAACCAUCGAAAUUGUCACGCUCUAUUCUUAAUCCAGAGGAUACAACAGAGCCAAACAAUAUCUAAAGAGAAAAAUAUCUGCAAUCACAGUGAGAAAAGGCCACAAGAACGUUCAAUUAAACGUACUUCCUGAAGGCAUCAAUCCUAUAAAUCUGAACGUUCGAUGAACUGAGGCAAACACAAUGAAGUCUAUUGGCAAUUUAYUGGCUCUCCUCUUCUGUAUUAGUCUGGCUCAAGAAGCACUUGCCGCAAAAGAUACAAAAAACGUAACGAUCACCGAAGGUCAAGAUGCAACCCUACCCUGUCAUCUACCACCAAACACGAAGAAGAUCUUCAAAAUAACAUGGUUUAAAGGGCUCGACAAAUAUCUUACGAAGAAUUUAAUAGUUGUAUCGGUGUCUAAAUACACCUCAAGAAAUGUAGAUAUAGUUGGGCAGAAUUCUCUUUUCAUCCCGGCGACUACGAGAGAUGACGCUGGGAUGUAUCAAUGCAAAGCGUUAUACGUGGGAUCCGCGAUCACAAUGGGUAGCGCCAACAUCACACUAUACGUCAAAGCGGCGCCAAAAAUCAACAGACGAAAACCAGCCAUCUUAACAUUCUACCAACCUACAAAUCCCCCUGCGAACCUCGUCAUCGACUGUCAAGCCACAGGGUAUCCGCAACCCGAAUUUUCUUGGAGCAGAUACAAACGAAAGAUGGCAAAGGAUCGCGUUAGUCAAUACCAAAACGGUAGUCUGGUUAUUGCAGAUGCACACAAGGUCGAUGGUGGUGGAUACACAUGCGUAGCAUCGAAUAGCCUGGGAACUGACAUGAAGAACUUCACAGUCAUCGUACUAGAACCACCAUCGAUUAUCGGAAAAACAAAUUACCAUUUCAAUACUGGCACCACUGCCAAAAUAAAAUGUGAAUCCCGCGGGAAUCCCGAACCAGAAUUCACAUGGUCCUGGACCGACAGUAAAAAUGUAAACAUGACUCUCAAAGAUGGCGAGGAAGACCAUCGAUACAAAGUUACUACGAGCCAUGGUAACGCCUCUAGCAUCAGCGUUUUAAGUAUCCAGAAAAUAACGACUCAGGAUUGGAUGGAAUACAAGUGUAUCGCUAAGAACAAGUAUGGCGAGGAUGAAGAGGACAUCACUUUGAAAGGAUACACCAAACCCAAAUCGCCACGUAUCCUGUCUGUUACGACGUCCUCCACUACAGCUGAAGUAAAGUGGGAAUUUUCCGACAACGGGGGAGUGGAACUAGAAUCGUUGACCCUACAGUACAAAGUGAGCAGUGAUAAACGUUGGAAGGCCAUUCAAAUAACACCUCCAGAUACUACAACGCACACUAUCACUGAUCUUCGCUCUGACACCAAUUACAACUACCGUAUCCUAGCAACCAACCAAUUAGGGAGCAGUCCGCCAAGUUCUAUUUAUAUGGCAAAAACAAAGCUAAAAGAAGCAUCCGCUCUAUUAGAAAAGAAAAGUGGGAAAGGAAUCCUGGAAGGUAUCGACACCACAGUCCUGAUCGCUGCAGUGGCUGGUGGCUUCUUGUUCCUUCUUUUCGUCAUCCUUGCCACGCUCUGCUCCAUACGACGAAUGCAGAAGGGUCACGAGACGGCAACAUCCACUCUUGGAAGACCUGAAAGCCAACAGGAGUCAACAGAGAUGACCGCAUUUCUUCCAUCUCAAACACGAGUACCAGAUGGCCCGAGCUCUAACAGCCUAGAAUCCACAGCCAAUCCUUUAUCGAACAGCCGAUGGGAGUUUCCUAGGGAUCGAGUCAGGUCCACAGUUGUGCUGGGUUCUGGUGCUUUUGGCGUGGUCAUGAAAGCUGACGCGCAAGGCAUCAAGGGAUGUGUUGGGUCACUGACCGUGGCGGUAAAGAUAGUAAAAGAAAAUGAUAGCGAUACAGCCAGAAAGGAUCUCCUUGCGGAGUUAGAUUUACUCAAACUCAUAGACCCUCAUCCUAAUGUGGUUGGAUUACUUGGGUGUUGCACACGAGGAGAUCCUUUGAUGUUAAUUGUUGAAUUCUGUGAAUACGGCGAUAUGCAAAGCUACCUUCGCCAUUGUCGUGGUAUAGAAGACAAAUAUUAUCAACAGAUAUACCAAGUUCCAGUAGAGAAGCUUUCUUCCAAAGAUCUCUUAUCCUUCUCGAUUCAAGUGGCUAGGGGCAUGGCUCAUUUAGCAAGUAUGAAGGUCGUUCAUCGUGAUCUAGCUGCUCGUAAUAUUCUGAUCGACAAUAGAAAAGUUUGCAAAGUAUCAGACUUUGGUUUUGCCAGAGAUAUUUAUGUAGAGGACCAUUACACAAGGAAAACACAGGGUGGUCGAUUCCCGAUCAAAUGGAUGGCGAUAGAAUCUCUUCUUGAUGGGGUCUCAACAACCAGCAGUGACGUCUGGUCAUACGGAGUUCUUUUGUGGGAGAUAGUAACACUUGGCGCAUCUCCGUACCCUGGUAUGAACUCUCAAGAAGUUAUCAAUUUCCUUCGUGAUGGAUAUCGAAUGGACAAACCAAAACACUGCUCACAAGAACUAUACUGUAUCAUGCUGGAUUGCUGGCAAGUUACACCUCAAGGAAGACCAAUUUUUCUAGAUAUGUCACGACAAUUAACCAAGAUGUUGGCAGAUGAACGGGAGUUCAUCAAUAUGAGGUCAUAUGAUGAUCAUCUUUACGUGAAUUUCGACUCUGCUACUUCGCAAUCUGGGCAUGGCUCGUCGUCGGGAAGCCAAGCCAAGGGUAUGCCACUGGAAUUUAGACCGCAUACGUCAUCAAGCAGAAGCUCUUAAAUGGCUUCCCAGUCAAUGAUGAACCUGCACAGGUUGUAGCUCAAUAACCAUCAAAGAGGCACAAGCUUUCCAGUAAUGAAUGCACUGACUUCAAGACUAAAGAACAAAGUUUGGCAACGAAUCCUCCGAAGAGAUUAUAGAUCUUGUUUAGUCAUUGUAGAAUAAUUGAAAUAGGUUUGUAGCAAGUGUGAUAGAGAAAGACUGGUGGAAUUAUGACGCCGAUACAAGGAACGAAUCAAGAUUCUUUACGGAUCCUUUAGAUUGUAGUAUCCAAAGACAGUACUCCCCAAUGCAUACUUUACUUCAAGACACGUAAAGGAUACUUAGAAGAUAUGGUGAUGCAAGAGAUGCUAGGCCAUGAAAGCAACCUCUUCUAUCUCAACCUCCACACCCAAAACUGGAUUUAGUUUACGCUGCUUUUAAGAUUUAUAGAAAAUUUAAAGAAAUCUAAUGCAUUUAGACGAUCGAUAUUUGAAUGUAGUAACCAAUAGCGUCCUGGUAACGUUUAGUUUGAUCAUGACAAUAGUCCUUUUCCGAAUUUGCUUAUGGUAACAAUGGUUCCAAGUCGAGGUUGGACUUAUUGCGUUCCUACAUUUACUGCCGUAUUUCAUCAAGUUCAAUUCACCAUUUUCCAUACAUUAGUUCAAACAUUACACAAAGCGCUCAAGCGAGGCGCCCAGGUACUUUCAAAGGAUUAUUCAAAUUUGAACCUUACAACCUCGACUGAAUGCUUUGUGUAAUUUGACCAGUGAACGUCUGUAUGGAAAAUGCUGAAUCUUGACUGGGAGGCAUUGUUUCGUGGUCACUUAAGCGAAUUCGAGAAAGGUCUAUUGUCAAAUCAUAGUUAAUAUUAACUAUGGUCAAAUGCACUACUACGAUAGACGUUAAAACGAUUUUGCUUACAUGCAGAUACGAACCGUUUGUGAUAAUGAAAUCUGUCAACCACAGGAAGCCCAGACUCUGAGUAGCCGUUACAAAGCAAUGUGUGUGAUAAUGUUUAUGUGCUCAUUAUAUGAAAAAUUGUGAGUGAAAAACCUUGAAACUUGCAAGAAAUAAUGUUUGUACCGUUAUAGUUUGCUAGUAGCGGUUUCGGUUUAUUUGAAUGAUUUUUUGAAUGAACACAAAAGUAGGGUUUAAAAGUGACAUAGCUGAUUUACACGGUACGGUUUUUCCUCACAACUGUCGAGCGCAACAUGCUUACGCCAAGUUUUAGCUGCCAUUUACAGUAGUAAGCAAGUUGUGUAGUCGAUUUACACGCAGCAUGUUGCGCGCGACAGUUAUGAGGAAAAAUCGUACAGUGUAUAUGAGCAAGCUUGGGCUUCCUGUGGUAAAAUAAACAAAGCCAACAGGCUUGCCAUAUUCAGUAUUUGUGUUGUAAUUUACCCCCACAGGUAUCCCAACCACACACAUAUACUAAGCCUGAUAAUAAGCCUGUGGGAUGACAAAGGGGAUGUACAUCCAUAAUGCGGUAUUCCCCUGUAUCCAUCCAUUUCUUUUGUUCACUAAAAUUUGUUGUUACUAGUUGAAUCAGCCUUUAACAGUGCUGUCUGGCCAAGUGUCACUUCUUCAAUUAAAACAUGAUUAAUUGUUAAAAAA